AGUUACCCCGGAGCGGAGCGCAGCGGAGCGGAGCAGCCCAGCGGAGCAGUCCCCGCGGCCGGCCGAGUCUGCAGCAUGGGGCAGAUCGAGUGGGCCAUGUGGGCCAACGAGCAGGCGCUGGCGUCCGGCCUGAUCCUCAUCACUGGAGGCGUCGUGGCCACUGCCGGGCGCUUUGCCCAGUGGUACUUCGGCGCCUACUCCAUAGCCGCAGGGGUGUUCAUCUGCCUGCUGGAGUACCCCCGGGGCAAGAGGAGCCGGGGCUCCACCCUGGAGCGCUGCGGGCAGAGGUACGUGGCCGCCGUGGUGAAGCUCUUCGGCCCGCUGACCAGGAACUACUACGUGCGGGCGGCGCUGCACCUCCUGCUGUCCGUGCCCGCGGGCUUCCUGCUGGCCACCAUCCUGGGGACCGUGUGUCUGGCCAUUGCAAGCGUCAUCUACCUGCUGGCGGCUGUCCGGGGUGAGCAGUGGACGCCCAUCGAGCCCAAGCGCAAGGAGCGGCCGCAGGUUGGAGGCACCAUCAAGCAGCCGCCUAGCAACCCCCCGCCCAGGCCCCCCGCAGAGGCCCGCAAGAAGCCCAGCGAGGGGGACGAGGCGGCGGCGGCAGCAGGAGGAGGAGGCGGCCCCCAAGUCAACCCCAUUCCUGUGACCGAAGAUGAGGUGGUGUGAGCUGGGCACCCCUGCCCGGAGGCCCCCAGGGGCAGCAGUGCGGCCCCCAAUAAACGCCAAGGAUUCCUGC